UAUUUGACGACAGGUGAUGAGCCCCCGUCUGCAACACUUGUGUUCUGCUUUUUCAGCAAGGCGCAGUUCAGUUGAUUACAAGUGCGAAUGGGAUCAGCACAUUCCUAAAUUGAUAUCAAAAUAAUUUUUGAAGAUGAUUGCUUUCUGUUCAGUGUGUUUAUAGCCUCAUUCAAAUCUGGUGAUCAUGGACAUUAAAGGUUACCGUUCUGCCGGUUGAUGCUUUGCAAAGCUCAGUGAGUGUGAUGAGCAUUUAUGGAUAAUCGAAAGAAUUUCUGCCCAAAGACAGUCAAGCUUCUUGUUUUUAGCGUUCUCAACUGCAAACGGAGCUUGCUGACGUUGGCACAAAGAAAAAACAGUGGUGAUUGACUUAUUUGUACUUCAACACUGACAAUGCUACGGCACAAGCGGCAACCAUCAAACUCCCAGGACCUGGAUGAAGCACCGAAUGACGAUGAUGAUGAACUUCCAACUCAGUUCGAGAAGUUGUCUUUUGGCUGCAUUACCAGAGAGAAUUUCAUCCGCAAGCAUCUGAUCUACAUUGUUCGAUCAAGGUGGUUCGAGAGAGUUGUCAUCCUUGUGAUCUUGCUGAACUGUGUGAUGCUGGCUAUGAACGAUCCCCUGGACUCGCAGUGCCAAAGUUCAAAAUGCAAGCAUUUGGAAAAGCUGGAAAGGGUCGUAUUUGCAUUCUUUGCUGCUGAAAUGCUAGCAAAGAUGAUUGCAAUGGGUAUAACCGGGCACAAAGCAUACUUCUCAGAUCGAUGGAAUAUUCUUGAUUUUCUCAUUGUUGUUGCUGGGGUCGUUGAUAUGAUUGGGCCAGAUGGAGAUUUUCUCACGAUCAUUCGUCUGUGCAGAGUUUUACGUCCUCUAAGAGCCAUCAACAGAGUCCCAAGCAUUCGCAUUCUUGUCACAUUAUUAAUGGACACCAUUCCGAUGCUUGGAAAUGUUCUCCUCCUUGCAUUUUUGGUUUUCUCAAUUUUUGGUAUCCUUGGAGUGCAGAUUUGGCAGGGAAAAUUAAGAAACCGUUGUUUUGUGACAGAAGCCCUCCGCAACGAGACUCUCCGGUACAAUCGUAGCUUAUUCUACCAACCUCAAUCUGGGGACUUCCUAUGUAGCCUGCCCAAAGCUCGUGGUAUGCAGACGUGUGAAGACAUUACAAAAGAAUGCACAAAGAUGGGAACAUACGCAAACACAACCUGCGAUUCAUAUGGGAAAAACUACACGCGUUGCAGCCAAGAAGGUCCAAACCCAUAUUUUGACAAUAUGUCUUUUGAUAACAUUGCGAUGGCCUGGAUUUUUAUCUACCAGGUUGUUACGGGAGAAGGCUGGAGUGAGCUAAUGUACCUCAUUCAAGAUGUCAGCCAUCCAUCAUCAUGGAUCUAUUUUGUAGUAUUAAUUACGAUUGGUUCGUUCUUUUUGGUAAACUUAUCUUUAGUCGUGAUAACUAUGCAGUUUUCUGAAACCAAACGUCGUGAAAUGCAGUUGAUUCGAGAACAGAGAAAACUACACGUCUCGGAAUCACAAAUAUCUCUUAUAAGUGAUUUUAGAAUCUUUUGGAGCAAGGUUAGAUCAUGGUUCAGUUGCAAACGAAGAAGAAAAAGCGUUCAUCAUUUCCAUCACCAUGAACAUUUUCACAUCCAUCAUCACAUGAUUCGUUGUGAUAAAUGCAAUAUGUUUUGUGGCAAAACUCAACCAGAGACAACAAGUCCAAAGGAGAUAUCUAGUGAUAAUGACAAUUCAAUCCCCAAGGUCGAAAUCUCUUGUUUUGACGAUGAAGUCGAAUCUACCUCUCGGUUGAGCCAAAAACUAUCCAUCUCUUGUCCGUCAUUGUUCGGUGUUGAACGAGCGCUUGAACGGAAGUUGAGUGGAACAUCUGUUAAAUCAAUUCAUAGGACAUACAUUGGCUCGUUCCAACAUUCGAGUCUAGAUCAAGGUACGUACUUGAAAAGUGAAAAGAAAUUGGAAACGAAAUCGUAUCUUACCACGCAGAAUGAAACCGCGCCGGAAACAAAGCUACGAACGCAGUCAGAUCUUUCAAAUACUCUUUCGAUAACGGCCGAAUCAGUUUCAUCGGUUACUGUUGAUAAAAAACAAAGCCCGAACCAUGCGUCUUUAACUACCAAAACAUCACUAUCGUUGCAAGUAAACGGAAACGCGACUCAAGUGAAAAGCCGCGCGUACUGUGAAGCGAACGCGUCCAUAGGUAAAGAAGGAACGCAGAAGAAGACGGCAGUUUUUGCAGAGACCAAGGCUAAUAACUCAGUCACGUUACAGACGCCAGACAAAGGAGCCCUAUGUAAGACAUAUAGCAAUGCAUCGUAUAACUCUGAAGUUCGCAGUGAUGAUAUAUCGGAUAUUGCGGACACAAGCAGCGAAGCUCUUUACGGCAGCAUGUUUGAUCUGCGGAAUGCUGAUAAAUAUUACGUUUCAGUCGAACCUACAUUCUUCCAAAAGUUCCGCAAACAUUGCAAGAAUUUGUCGGAGAGUAGGAAAUUCUCACAUUUCAUUAUGUUGUUUAUUGUUUUCAACACCAUCUGCAUGGGAUUAGAACAUCAUAAUCAGCCCGAAAAAAUGACCAAAAUUUUGGAAUGUUUGAAUCUGAUAUUCAUCUGGAUUUUUGGGUUUGAAGUCUGCGUGAAACUUCUAGGAGUUGGGCCAAAGUCUUAUUUCAAAGUUGGAUAUAACGUUUUCGAUUGCCUUAUCGUCGUGUUAAGCGUUGCGGAACUUCUUAUCAGUAACCGAAAUGGGAGCAGCAACGUGAUUGUACUGAGAAGUCUUCGCCUGUUGCGGAUAUUCAAGCUAGUGCGACCAAUGAGACAUCAGAUGAUGGUGAUGAUUCGAACCAUGUCCAGCGUGAUGACGUUCUUCGCUCUGCUCUUUUUGUUUAUGUUUACUUUCGCCAUUCUUGGCAUGAAUCUCUUUGGUGGCAAAUUCUUUUUCAAUGGAGUACGUUCAAGAUCAAGCUUUGACUCAUUUCCAUCUGCUAUGACAACUGUUUUCCAGAUAUUGACCCAAGAGGACUGGAAUCUAGUGAUGUAUGAUGGUAUGCGUGCAAGGAACAAAUGGGCUGCUCUAUAUUUCAUUGCACUGAUGACAAUUGGUUACUAUGUUUUGCUAAACUUACUGGUUGCCAUACUUGUCGAGGGUUUCACUACGCCAAUGGAAAAAAGGCGCAUGGCCAAGAGAAUAGCGACUAUGCUACUGAACAAGAGUAACUCUCAGUCCUACCCAUCCAACAUGGCGAGCAGUGGUUUUAACCAAGACCUUCGCGCAGUGAGCAUGCCAGAAAUUCCCGAUUCUCCAUUUAUCUACAAUGGAAAGGGACGCUUAGAAAGUCAAUGGGAUUGUUACCUCAAGGCCCGCAAUAAGGCGAUACCUAUAUCAUUGAGUCUUCGAAGUAUCAGCUCUCUGGUUGGCGUCAGGAAGGAUUAUGCGUCAGGAAAAUUGGUUAAUGAUAAACCGAAGCCAGGAGAGCCUAUUCUUGUUUCAGCAAGACCAAGGACAUCGAGAUCUGGAUCUUUAAACAGUCCGUAUUACUCAGUUGAUGCGAAUGCCAAGGAUGUUCUCAUUGGAAAAGUUAGGUCGUCAUCCGGUGCAUCGGAAGUCAAAGGCUGCCCGUGCUUCAAGAAGCGUGCUGAGUGGUCGCUCUUCAUCCUUUCGCCAGAAAACAGGUUUCGCCAGAUGCUCCAAGCAAUCAGUGUCAACAAAUGGUUUGAUUAUUUCAUUCUGCUGCUCAUCUUCUACAGCUGUGUCUUACUUGCAUUGGAAAAUCCCAACACGGAACCUGAUUCAACGAUACAAAGAGUCAUUGAUACGUCGAUGUUUGUCCUCACUUGGCUGUUCUCGGCAGAAAUGAUCAUCAAGGUUCUUGCACAUGGAUUGGCUUAUGGCCGUGACCCUUACUUGCGCAAAGGCUGGAACAUCUUAGAUGGUUUUUUAGUCAUUCUCUCGUGGAUUGAUUUUGCCUUUUACCUUUCCACUGACAACAGCCAAGCCGAUGUAAUCAAGACAUUAAGGGUUCUGAGAGCACUGCGCUCGCUCAGGCCUUUGAGGAUGAUACGCAGAGCACCUGGUCUUAAACUAGUUGUCCAAACACUUCUUUACUCAUUAAAGCCAAUUGGAAACACUGUUCUCAUUGCUGCCAUAUUCUUUGUAGUAUUUGGUAUACUUGGUGUCCAGCUUAUGAAAGGAAUGUUUUACCACUGUGAAGGAGCGAUGCACGUUGAAAACCGGCAACAAUGCAAUGCAAGUUCAACUGGUAAAUGGGUUAAUUACCAGUACAACUUUGACAAUCUUCUCCAGGCGUUGAUCGCUUUGUUCGUUGUCAGCACAAAAGACGGCUGGGUUGAAAUAAUGAGACAAGGGACAGACGGUGUAGACGUUGACAUGCAGCCAAAAAGAGAUUAUGCACCGUGGCGGAUUCUAUAUUUUAUCUCCUUCCUUUUGAUUGGCGGGUUUUUGGUUCUUAAUAUGAUAGUUGGUGUUGUUGUCGAGAACUUUCAAAGAUGCAGGGAAUUGCAGGGUGACAAAGACAAUGCUAAGAAAGCCCUUGCUAAAUGGAGAGAGUGUGCAAGAACCAAACUUGCUCAUGAAAGUUUCUUGAAGAAUUACUCGCACAAAAGGCUAAUGCUAUACAAAAUCUGCACCCAUUCAUACUGGCAUAUUGGGAUCACAAUUUUGAUAUUGCUUAAUGUUAUUUGCAUGGCAAUAGAGCACUAUCAGAUGCCCACCACCUUGGAUGAUUUCGUAGAAACCAGCAACAUGGUGUUCACCAUAUUCUAUUGUCUAGAAGCAAUUUUACAAAUUGUCGCUCUCGGAUUCAAGCAAUACUUUUGCAACAAGUGGUACUUGUUCGAUUUUAUAGUCGUUGUACUUUCCGUACUUGGAAUUGCGAUUGCUUCUAUCUAUAUCAGCCCUGGAGUCGUCAGGGGCGUGAGAAUGCUUCGAGUUGUCCGAGUUCUGAAACUACUUAAAGUGGCAAAAGGACUCCAGUUUCUUCUGGACCAUGUGAAGGAAACGAUCCCACAGGUGACGAAUUUGGCUCUAUUGUUCAUGCUGCUGUUUUUCAUAUACAGCUGUCUUGGAAGACAGCUAUUUGGAACUAUAGAAUGCAACGCCGAGACACCUUGUGACGGACUAGGAAAACAUGCCAACUUUAAAGACUUGGGCAGCAGCAUGCUUACAUUAUUCAGGAUAGCAACAGGAGACAACUGGAGUGGAAUACUUAAGGAUACCCUGAGACCAGACUGUGACGAUUCAUCGAACUGCACUAAAAAUUGCUGCAUGAGUAAUUACGCUGCUCCCGUUUUCUUUAUAUCCUACGUCUUAUUUGCUCAAUUUGUUCUUGUCAACAUCGUCAUCGCCGUGCUCAUGAAGCAUCUGCGUGUUACUAAACUCUGCAAAAGCAACUUGCAUUCUAGAAGAAACUCCGUACGAAAACAAUCGGUAAGGGAGGAACUGAAGACAGAUCCAAGCAGAAAUGCGCUGACAAAAUGGAAACUCGCAGCGUCCAAACGCAAGGUACAGCGCCAAGAGACGCAGGAGCGCCAGCUUGGCUACGUUCGUACCAAGCGCAGCACCGAUGAUUUAGAUAAUAUCCAACUGAAGCAAUUUAGGAACCAUUUGGACGAGGAAGCAGAUAAAAGUCCGUAUCAAAAGAGAGGCUUCAUUAAUAACAACCACGAGAGGUCGAACGAUGACAAUUCGUCAGAUGAAAAUGAUAAAAGAUUUAUCAAGGCGGGAAAUGACCGAGCUAGAACAAAAAUCAACUUGUGGAAGAGAAAUCCUUCUUUUAAAAGUCAUGUUGAUUCAAGUCCUGAUUUAAAUGAAAAUCAGAAAGAAAAUGAAGUGACUUAUAGAAUCAAAGAAAAUAUUAGUAAAAAUUACGCGUUAGUUCCAUUUGUGUCAGUCAGAGGCACAGGUAUUUCGAAUGACGUAGGUUGCAUUGAUUUGAAUCGAACUGCUGAGACUUAUGUGGAAGCUGAUUCAAGGGAGAAUGCAAGUAACGAUUGCUCAAUAGAAAUUCCUGAUGGCGAGGAGGAAAAUAUUAGUCACUGUCUUUUCGUUGUUGGAGACGAUAAUAAAGAUAUUUGUGGAGCAAGGAACUCGCCUGUUGCAUCGAAGAGAAAGAGGAAAGAUAAUAAUUAUUCUUCAAAAUGUCCCCUUGAUCGACUUAAUUUCGAUGAAAAUGGAGAUAAAGUAGAAAACUUUUUUGAUGAGAAGGAACAUGAUUUAAAUGAACUAGAAAGGAGCCCGUCAAGGUGUAGUUCUAUUUAUGAAAACCCGGUCUAUGAAGCAGAAGAGUGCAUUAGUUUAACUGGAAGCCCGGUACUUCAUAUUCCGGACGACUUUUUUGCAAAUCCGGACGAUGAAGCCAACUUGAGUAAUACCAGUUUAAAUCAGCAUUCACCAAAUAACCUUAGUGACAGAAGUAGAAUGGACAAAUUGAGAACUCCGAAAAAACAGCCAAAAACAUUAGCAAUAACCCAGCGAAGUGAGUCGAGUGAGACUUGUGGAUCAUUUGAACUUAUUCUGUCACCCCAUGGACAGCAGAAGAAGAAAGAAGAGGUUGGGUCUGAAGACAGCUUUGCUAUUGUCGUCUCGGACUCUUGUCAAUUCAAAACGUCAAAAGUAUAAUGAUAGCUUCUUUUAGUCAAUUUUGCAAUAGUUGCUAGCUACUCAAUGUAAUAUAACCAACGAUGACGUGGCAUUGACCUGACAAAAAGGUAUUGUCAUCGAAAUGUCGUUGAAAUAUCGUUGCAAUCCACAUUGUUCCCAUGUUUAAGGCUAAGAAUCUUAAACAAUCAAUCAGUGAAUUUUUUCUACAUUCACUGGAUUCCUUUCCUAUAUUUACAAACUUUUGCAGCCUCGAUAUACAACAUGCUCAAAAUCUUUCAAUUGUCAGUCAUGUUUUACUCCUAUAAAAUGCAAUUGAUCUUGCAAAAUCAACCUAUCAAACAGACUUUUUUGAAAAUACCAUACAGAUCUAUGGCUAUUAAUCAGUACUUGAGUUUUACACAUAUGUUAAUUCAAUGCAGUGAAUCCUCUUCCUAAUUACGAGGCCGUGACUCAAAGCUAACAAGUAGACUGUUGCUAUGGUAAUUUAUGAUUUGAAAGUGCAUAUAUGGUAAUUUAGCUUAGUGCUUCUUUUGUGUACUUAGGUAUGAAGUUAAAAAAGAAUUUUGCAUAGCGAUGUCAGCUUUUUACUGAAGUUGAAUAAUUAUUGUAAUUUUACAAAAAUGAUAUUUAAAAUAUCAUCAA